UCGGUCUGCUGCUAAGUCUCCGGAGUUAGCACGAGAGCUAGCCAUGAGCUAACAAGUAGCUAGCUGAGUCUUCUCAUCUUGCCACCAUAAUUCAACCUCCGUGAAACAUCGUACCGAGGUGAAUACUCUUUAAUUUCCCGGAAUUAUCAUUUGGCCCCUUGUUGCAGCUGGAUUUUACGGUCUUCAUUUCACAAUCCUUCCCUCCACCUCCAGCUCCGCCUUGAACUUUCUACCUUUGACACUCGGAUCUCUCAGUACACAGAGCCAUGGCAGCUGCUAAGCCAAAAGGGCAGAACUCUCUAGCCCUUCACAAAGUGAUAAUGGUGGGCAGUGGUGGAGUUGGGAAAUCAGCCCUCACGCUUCAGUUCAUGUAUGAUGAGUUUGUUGAAGACUAUGAGCCCACCAAAGCAGACAGUUACAGGAAGAAAGUGGUGCUGGACGGAGAGGAGGUACAGAUCGACAUCCUUGACACAGCUGGACAAGAGGACUAUGCAGCCAUUCGAGAUAACUACUUCCGCAGCGGCGAGGGUUUCCUCUGUGUAUUUUCCAUCACAGAACUGGAAUCAUUUGCAGCAACAGUCGACUUCAGAGAGCAGAUUCUGCGAGUGAAGGAGGACGAGAAUGUGCCCUUUCUUUUGGUAGGUAACAAGUCAGAUUUGGACGACCGACGGCAGGUUAGCGCAGACGAGGCAAAGGCACGUGCGGAGCAGUGGGGCGUGUGCUACGUGGAGACUUCUGCCAAAACCCGUGCCAAUGUUGACAAGGUGUUCUUUGACCUGAUGCGAGAGAUCCGGGCGAGGAAAAUGGAGGACAGCAAAGAGAAGAACGGGAAGAAGAAAAGUAAAAGUUUGGCCAAGAGAAUUAGAGAGAGAUGCUGUAUUUUAUAGUGGUGACAGAGAGCAGGACAGCUGCUUAUGUAUAUAUACAUUUCUCAGACUUUUGCAUUUAUUUUGUGCCCAUACCUGACCAUGACUUUCUGUUCCUAGCUAACAGGACAUCUGACCGUGCGUCAGGAAGUAGUAAGGUGGCACUCCAUACACCAUUUAUAGCUCUAACUUUUUAUGUGCUGACACUCCAAAUAAUUUAUGUACUCUCUCUCUCUCUCUUAUUCUGACCACAUUACAGAGUGUAAUAAAUGGAUGGUGUUUAAUUUAGGCUUUAAGCUUGUCAAGAAGCUAAGCCUUAAAAAGUUACAAAACCUUUCAUUGUAAAGUUUGAUGUGUAUAAUAUAUUCAGACAACUGUGCAGUUCAAAAGAAAAGAUAGAAGUGUCAGAGCCAAGGUUUAAAUGGGGAUGUAGGAACUGGAGCUUGGGUAGGAAAUGUAGGUGAACAGACUCAGUGUAGUGUCAACCCAGAAUUCAUCAAGUGCCACCAAGGAAAUGUACAUUGCACUGGUGAAACUAUGAAGCAUUUUAAUUGAAGGAUCGUUACUUGGAGCCGGAAUUUGAUGCCAUUCCUAUUUGUUGUUUUACAUCUCAAUUUUACUACGUGGUAAGGUUAUGAACAGUUAUAUUUAUCUGUGAAGUCUUCUUUCUUCUCUCGUCCUCUAUCAUAUCAACCAGUGGAAGAUAAGCGCACUAAUAUUUCCAUUUCCUUUCCCCUUUGCGUCACUCACUUGAGUGCUCUCAAAUGCACAAACAACAUUGGUCAUUACCCUAAAUCCACGAGGGAUUUUACAACACUUGAACCUUUUUCAAUUAUAACAUUUCAGAAGUUUUACCUCACUUGGCCAGUGGUUUUUAUUGCCUUUUUUUUUUUUUUUCGUUGCAAGGAAUCCCUGGUGCUCUGAUAAAAGGCGAUUCCAUAACACUACAUCCUUUACAUGCUGUCAUCUAAAGUUUAUAAAAUAAAUAGCUUCCAGUCAUGAAAAUAUUUUAUUUUCCCUAUUUUGCUCCUCCUGGCUCAGACUUUUAAUCACAAAGCUUGUAGUCUCUCUUUUUUUACUUAAUAGGGACUCGAGUGGGAAUAAAUUAAUGGAUAGAUUGAUUUUAAGGCGUAAAAAAUAUUACAAAAUGAAUGCGGGCUUGAUGGUAGCGAGGUGGUACCUGUCCAAAAAAGUUGCUCUCAGUCACCAAAGAAAAAUGCUAGCUAGUACAAACAAGUGCCCACUUAUUAAUGGAAGUGAAUGACAACUUAUAGUGAGCAGUGUUUGUGUAGAAACUGUCUUUGUAAAACUGAUGGAGGAACUUUAAGAAUUUCAUUGAGAAUGGCCUCGGGUGGAAAUGCAAAGUUACGAGGGAUUUAGUAAUUCAUGUACAGUGCAUCACUGUUGCCUCUCUGUCCAUUGUGAAUGUGAAUAAUCCCCCCGAUACCCUUUCUGUUUGCCUGUAAUCUUAGCCUGCCACUGAUGUGCAGAGUUUAGAGGUCAUUGACUACUUUUUUUGUUUACCUUUGCUCCAUUUUGUGCAAGGCUACCCGGUGUUAUAAAGCUGUAGUGACAUCUUAAUGAAAUACCUGAUCUGUUCAUUUCCUCCCGCUCCUCAUGAAGUCAUUUUACAGGCAAGUGACGAUUGAAGCAGUGUAAAAAAAAUUGGCAAAAUGAGAAUGCUAUAUGUGAUUUAACCGCUAAGUCACAUAGACCAAAACACACUGUGAAAUCUGCCCAUCUAUUCUCUUAUUUCCCCUUAUGACUGAGCCAUUCUUUUACUUGUUUUUAACUUAUAUAAAUAACUUAUUUAAUUUUUAUUAUAUUUUAAAAUCUGACCACCAACCAGAUGUGUUUGCUAUGUUUCACUCUCCAGUUUAAAGGCAUACUAUGCAGGAAUUGUCGCUUAAUGUUUAUAAACAAAACAUUUAAACUUGGCCCCUCUUCGGCUCAAUGAAAAUGAAGCAAACCCCAGAUUUAUUCUGGUUUUGAAACGAAAUUUGUCCACAUGUUGUUUCGCCUUCCUAUAUGUGUUUUCUGUUCGCACUGUGAACUUUUCUUUUGGUUUUGGUUUUCUUUUGGUUUUAGCUUUGUUCCUGAAAAAUGGCACUCCGAAACCUCCCAAACACAGCAAAAUGUAAAGAAAAUACAGAUACAGAUAUAUUGGGUAAGAAGUGAUAAUUGUAAAAGGUUAUUUUUGUAUGAGUUUAUACUAUCCUGCAUAGUGUACCUUUAAAUAGUAAAUGUGUUUGUGUACAAUGCCGACAGAAACAAUUAACCAUUUACAUAAAAUGAUUUCAUUAACCAUUAGGACACCCAACAAUGGAGUCUAUGCAAAAAAAUUUAAAAAAUGUUAAAAGAGGAAAGAACAUGAAACUGUCAGUGAGUGCACUAGUUCAUCUAAGCUAAGAAAAUCAAACAUCAUUCAAACAUUGUGAGCUGUUUUUAAUAUUUGAAAGCAUUUGUUUAAUAGCUUCCCUGAGUUACAUGUACAUGAGCACUUUCUGGCUUUGAUUACAGGCGUUGUUUGUCAUAUAUUUCAGUGUGCUAAUUGUACAAAAACACAGUAAUGCAAAAGAAUGUCCGUGGUAUUUCUUGUAAACUGAAAAGCACACAGUGGAGAGUUGGAGUUUUAAGAUAUGCGAGGCAAAACCCAAAAUGUUUUGGGCUUCAGAAUGUUUAGAAAGUAAGUUUUGGUAAAUAUAUUUUAAGGGCUAACCUCCAGUACACCAUGACCGUGAUUGAAACACAACUGAAAGUUAAAGUGACAAGCGCAGAAACUGACAUAUAGUGUAAGAAUCACAGUCUGUUAUGGCAAACCCUCCUUAGCUUACGGCCAUUUACAUUAACUGCUGUGUGAAGCUACUUAAAGUGACCACCAUAGUGCUUGCUUACACUAACAUUGGCUUAACACUAAUUCUUGUUUCAGUGUUUAUUUUUCCAGAAGCAAACAUUCAUAAUUCUUUGUCUUCGUGUUAAUAGACUUGAUGGCCCGAAUAUUUUCAGCGAGAUUUAAGGGGUGAUACUAAAACAGAUAUUUGUGUGAAAGCUAUGAGCAAACUGUCCUCAAAUAACUUGUUUUUUUGCCUUUUAUAUAAAUACCCUUGGAAUAAAGAAUAGAUAUCUUUGUCUUUGGUUGGAUGGUUGUAUGUAUGCCAUCAAUUAAAUGUUUUCCUUCAUGUUUACUUAUUUUGAACAUAACCACUAAUGUAGCCUAUCUGUUUGUGAAUGCAAGAGGUGAAGCUUACAUUUCAAUUCAUUUUUUUGUGAGUUAUUUGGAAAUGGCAAAUAAAGUGGAUAUUACUAAUAACA